AUGGAUCGCAGCAAUACAGAUUAUCAACAACGGCCACAACAACAACAACGAAGAAGAGCAGCAUCAAAUCAAAAUUCGAAUGAUAAUCAACAAAAAAAGAGAAAUACUACUUCUGUAUUCACUGAAAAAAUUAUGUUACCAAUUAAUUCAAAACAAUAUUUUGAAAAAUUUAUUAAAUCUGAAUUAAAACAAUAUAAACAAAUUACUAUCCAACAUCGUCCAUCAUUAUCUAUUGUAUUACGAGCAAGUAGUCAAGAGAUAAUGGAUAAGAUUCGUCUUCUAGUGCAACAAUGUAUAAGUACAUAUGAACAAAAUAAGAAAGAAUCUAUUCAUCAUCCAUCUGAUUAUAACAGGUAA